AUGAGUUCGUCAACGUCAUCCCUCGCAACAGCAACAACCUCCCUCUCUCCCAUCCUCCCCAUACUCAACGCCUUCAACCACCGCCACCACAACCAGCACCGCCUCGCCCACUGGUGGCCCGUCUUCCGCAUCUUUCGUCGAACCAUCCACUCCCUGCUCGAAGACCUAACUUCUCGUCGUCGACAAGAUGCCUCGUCACCUCCUCCGCGCGCAAUCUGGCUCAACAAACACUUUAUCCCCAGAGCAUAUAUAGCCUUUUCACAACUCGCCGCAGACAACCAACACGCUCCCCUCGGCCUUCUCCUCCUCGCCAUCCUCGCACGCACACAUACAGCCGUCACACAACUUCUCGAUCGACCGACUAUUCCUCCGCCAUCAUCAUCAACUACACGCGCCAACGACGUAAGCCAGGAUAAAGGCGUUGCCAUAGCUCGCCAGAAACAACCCCCGCCAACAGAGCGCCUAAAGACACAAUCCACUAUCCAACCUCCCUCAGACGAACAGCAAGGCGAAAAGCUCGAUCGAGACGCAAUAAAGCCAUCAAAAUCAAAAUCAAAAGAAGUUCCAUCAAAAGAGAAAAAGAAGAAGAAAAAGGCAAAGGGAGAUGCGCUAUCCAGCCUGUUCGGCUCCUUGGCAUAA